CUGUAAGACUCGCUAUGUCACUCCGCAAAACAUCUUGUCGGGCAUGUGUGGCUGCCAAGCGACGGUGUGACCAUGGGGUACCCAGCUGCUCUCGCUGUUGCAAGAAAUCUAUUACAUGUCGCUAUCCAUAUCCGCCUCCACCGGCUAAGGGAGAUCAGACUGCACCACUAGAUGUCCAUGUAGGGUCCAGUCUCGAGAUUGAUCCCACGGGCUCGAGCACAUGCGAACUUGCUCCGGUGGAGGACUCCAUACAACCAUCCAUGAUCUCCGACCGAAGAGAUGACAUUGUUAACCCAACGUGGUUCCUAGAGGGCCCCAUGACUUCCAGUCAAGCCUGGAACUUUUCUCAAGGGGCGUCAGGCUGGCGUCCUCUUCCCAGCUCAGCAGAUGGUUUUACUUCAGCAUUACUCCGACUCGAACGCAGAGUCUUGGAGUUUUGGCCCCGCGCUCAGGAUACGGAAACCUGGGGAUUUUGUGUCCGGACGUUCAUUGGUUACGUCGAUCAUUUUCUAGAUACGGGCACAAUGCCACUCAUCGGGUCUCUGGCCGAUCGCACAUCAGAUCUUCCGCCACUUCUGCGUGAAGCAUACGGGGUUUGCGCCGCAUAUCGAGCAUCCAAGAACGCGAAAAAGCCUUUCUACCACCAACUCCUGAACGCAGCCGUCAAUAACAUGAGUCGAAGUAUCUCAGCUCACACAGAUUUGCAACGCCAACUGGACCGUAUUCAAGCCUUGGUCCUCUACUAUAUCAUAUUCCUAGCUGGUGGCAUCACCAACAAGCCGCUCCUUCGACAACUAGACCGUAUGCUGGCGCAGGGCACCGCUGACCUAGAGCGGAUGGAACUAUCAAGUCGCCAAGCGACCCGAUACAAAACACAGUUGGACUCUCAUUUUUCCGAGAGCCAUUUAAAUGGCUGGGUACUUUGCGAAAGUGCUCGUCGACUGGUCAUGAUUUCGUAUCUGGUGCGCGCCGUUCACUCGGUCAUCCAGUUCCAGAGAUGCAACUAUAUCAAAUAUCUGGCGGGGCUGCCGGUUUCCACUAAAUCAUACGCGGAGCUUUGCUGGGAGGAAUUCAUUUAUGAAAGGGAGCAAAGCCCGGGACAAUCAAUUUCUGGAGUCAUAUCGUAUGAUGAAUUUGUGAGCGACUGGGAGCAAGGAGGACUUGUUCAAGUGGAUGAGUUCAGGCAUCUUUUGCUAGUGGCGUGUAAAGGGUUGGGGUCUGUACGAGAAAGAACAUCGAAGGAGCUGGUUCCCACCUUUGACCCUCUUCAUGCAUGA